AUGCCUCAUAGAUCCGGCGAUGGAAGUGAAGGCAAGAUUGAUAUCUUCAUCGAUCGUGGCGGUACCUUCACUGACUGCAUUGGAAUCCCGCAAGCCCCUGGCAAAGAUGAUAUUGUUGUCAAGUUGCUCUCUGUUGAUCCAUUGAAUUAUCCAGACGCGCCGACAGAAGGUAUCCGUAGGAUCCUAGAGCAGUUUACAGGAAGCCCUCGCCCAAGAGAUCAAAAAAUCAGCACAGAAAACAUAGGCGUGAUCCGGAUGGGAACUACUGUAGCAACUAAUGCCUUACUAGAGAGGAAAGGAGAGCGAUCUGCCCUCUUAAUCACAAAAGGCUUUAAAGAUGCGCUGGAGAUUGGCUACCAAUCGCGCCCAAAGCUCUUUGAACUUGCUAUUACGAAGCCCGAAGUAUUAUACUCUGAGGUUGUCGAGGUAGACGAGAGGGUAACAAUGGAAGAUUCCACCAAGGACCCUUUUCCAGCAGGCUCCCUCAAGCUCAAUUCCAAUCCUGCCCUUAGAGUCGGCCAAAGCGGGGAUAUUGUCCGCAUCCUGGACCCUCUCAACAUUGCGAGCACUCGAAAGUCACUCGAAGACUUGCGGCAAAGGGGAUUUGAGAGCAUUAGCAUCUGCCUGGCGCACAGCUAUAGCUUCCCUGACCACGAGAAUGCGAUUCGUGACAUGGCCCAAGAAAUGGGGUUUACCAGCAUCUCCACCUCGUCAAACCUGAUCCCCAUGAUCAAGCUCAUCUCACGAGGCAUGAGCGCAACAGCUGACGCAUAUCUCACUCCGGAGAUCAAGAGGUACAUUUCAAACUUCCGCAAAGGAUUCAAGGGUAAUCUAGAGGGAGCUCGUGUCCAGUUUAUGCAGUCUGAUGGUGGUCUCGUUGACAUCUCAGCCUUCUCCGGCCUGCGAGCUAUUCUUUCAGGCCCCGCAGGCGGCGUGGUCGGCUAUGCUAAGACAAGUUGGCAUGCUGAUGACCGGGUUCCCGUAAUUGGGUUCGAUAUGGGCGGCACGUCAACCGAUGUUAGUCGAUUCGGCGGAGAACUGAGCCACGUCUUUGAGACCACUACGGCCGGGGUCACUAUCCAAUCGCCCCAACUCGACAUCAGCACCGUCGCUGCUGGCGGCGGUAGCAUCCUCUCUUGGAAAAACGGGCUCUUCGCCGUUGGACCAGAGAGUGCCUCUGCUCAUCCUGGGCCCGCCUGCUACCGCAAAGGUGGCCCCCUCACCGUGACGGAUGCAAAUCUAUUUCUUGGCCGUAUUCUUCCCGAGUAUUUUCCUUGCAUAUUUGGGCCGGACGAGAACCUUCCACUCGACUACGAGAUUACGAAGAGCAAGUUCCUGGAAAUGACUGAGGUCAUCAAUGCCGAGACUGGUGGUUCAAAGACCCCCGAGGAGGUUGCUCUGGGAUUUCUGGCCGUGGCUAACGAGGCCAUGUGUCGUCCAAUCCGCGCAUUAGCUGAGGGCAAGGGCUAUCAGACAUCUGCCCAUAGGCUGGCUGUCUUUGGCGGAGCUGGCGGCCAGCAUGGCUGCUCGAUUGCCAGGCAUCUCCGCAUUGGCACCGUCGUCAUUCACAAGUACUCGAGUAUUCUCAGCGCAUACGGCAUGGCGCUCGCGAACCUUGUGGAGGAAGUUCAAGAGCCUUCCUCUUUUACUCUGGGUGAUAGCUCUAAGGACGAGAUAAGCACACGAUUCGAAUCGUUGAAGAAGCGCGCUGUCGAGGGGCUCCUACGACAAGGUGUCAAUUCUGCAGAGAACCUGGAAAUGCAACCGUUCUUGAAUCUCCGCUAUGAAGGCACGGACACCCAAAUGAUGGUGGCUCUUCCUAGUGAUGGUGACUUUAAGGCAGCAUUUGAGCGCAUGCAUCUCCAAGAAUUCACUUUCCUCCUGCCGUCACGCGAUAUCGUCGUCGAUGACAUUCGCGUGCGAGGCAUUGCUAGAGACUAUGAACGCCCGGCACACAACGUCUAUAAAGAGAAAUUAGACACAGAAGUAAUAAAGGAUGCAAGAGCAAAGAAAACAAAGAGAGCUUAUUUCGCCUCUGGAGGGUGGAUAGACACGCCGACAUACCUCCUCAAAGAUCUCCAGACUGGCACCGAGCUGCAUGGGCCAGCCAUCAUCAUCGACCAGACCCAAACGAUUAUCGUCACUCCAGACUCGUCUGCUCGUAUUAUGAAAGAACACGUUAUUCUGCAUGUGAAGUUUGGACAAGCUUCAAUGACUCAGAAAUCCGGCGUCCCUCUGCACAUUGAGGCAGAUCCAGUCAAGCUCUCUAUUUUUGGGCAUCGUUUCAUGUCGAUAGCUGAACAAAUGGGCCGGACCCUCCAAAAAACGGCCGUGAGUAUCAAUAUCAAAGAGCGGCUAGAUUUCUCAUGUGCCAUCUUCGGACCAAGCGGGGAUCUUGUCGCGAAUGCACCGCAUGUGCCGGUUCAUCUAGGUAGUAUGGCCUAUGCCGUCAAGUAUCAGCACCAACACCACGCUUCGUCGCUUGUACCUGGCGACGUGCUUGUCUCAAACCACCCCAUUGCUGGAGGUACUCAUCUCCCCGACAUCACCGUGAUAACCCCCGUGUUCGACGCCGCAGGCAAGGAUAUCAUCUUCUACACCGCAUCACGAGGCCAUCAUCGAGACAUUGGCGGAUACCAGGGUAUAUCGGGCAACGCAAAUGCGACCGAAAUUUUCCAGGAGGGUGCCAGUAUCAUCAGUUUCAAGCUUGUUUCCAACGGCAAUUUCGACGAGGAAGGCAUGCGGAGGAUCUUGAUUGAUGAGCCUGCUCAGUACCCUGGCUGUGUUGGCACGUCGAGCAUCUAUGACAACCUGUCAGAUCUGCGCGCUCAGGUUGCAGCCAAUGCCAAGGGCGCGGCGCUGAUCCAGGCCAUGUUCGAAGAGCAUCCCAGAGAGGUCGUUCAGUUCUAUAUGGACAAGAUCCAAGCCAACGCCGAAAUUGCGGUGCGUAAGUUUCUACAAGACACUUCAAAUAAGCUGGGUGGCCGUACAUUGAAGGCUUUUGACUGUCUCGACAAUGGAAGCCGUAUCCAACUCGAGAUUCGCAUAAACAAGGAUGGAAGCGCCGCGUUUGACUUCACAGGCACUGGCCCUGAGGUUGUCGGGAACAACAAUGCGCCUAAGAGCAUUUGCCUCUCCGCGAUUAUUUAUUCUCUUCGAUGUCUCAUCAAUGAAGAGAUACCUCUUAACCAGGGCUGCCUAUCUUCUAUAGAGGUCGUCAACCCUGAAGGAAGCAUUCUCAACCCCUCCGAAUAUGCUGCAGUCUAUGCAGGAAACACACAAACCAGCCAGCGAAUCGUUGACGUGAUUUUGAAGGCAUUCGAGGCUUGCGCUGCUAGUCAUGGCUGCAUGAACAGUGUGGGUUUCUUUGGUGGCCGAAACGUGAAGCCAGGUGAUGGUUACAAAUUCGCAUAUGGUGAGACCAUUUGCGGGGGAUCUGGAGCUGGUCCAAGCUGGAAUGGUGCAGACGCUGUGCAUUGCCACAUGACAAAUACCCGCAUCUCAGACGUUGAGAUCCUGGAGAAGCGCUAUCCCAUCAUCCUACGGGAAUUUUCAGUACGUGAUAACUCGGGUGGCCAAGGCCAGUACAAGGGAGGUGAAGGCGUCAAACGAAUCAUCGAAAGCAGGGAACCAUUGACCUUCUCCAUGAUAUCUGAGCGUCGAGCGACGCAACCAUACGGCUUGAACGGCGGUGAGAAUGGAAGCUCUGGAGAAAACCUCAUCAUGCGCAAGCUUAAUGAUGGAAAGCAUAGAGUCGUCAGUCUCGGGCCCCGUGGCCUCGUGAAGUUGAAGGCCGGGGACCAAUUCAUCAUCAAAACCCCAGGAGGUGGUGGCUGGGACUUCGAUUCAUCGAAAUCAGUUUAG